GAAGGGAGCUGGAGAGAAUGAAUGAAUGAGAACCCCGCCUGCCCUUGUUUCACUCGCAAUUGACGCUGCCCUCCUUAACCUCCCCAACAUUUCCGAUCUCUCCUCCAUCCCUGAACACAUCCUUCUUGAGCUAUUCCUGCUCAAGGAAGGAUUCUCACUAUAGAGAAGGAGAUGAAUUUUGGUGAACUGGUGUUGUAUGUACAAGAAAGAUGGUGUAUCAGUGAACCACCUUUUGAUUCAUUGUCAAGUUGCUCAGGAAAUGCCCGUGGUUCUUAUUUGGUUUGGGGUGGAGUGGAUGUUCCCUUUUGGAGUUGAUGAUCUUUUGCAUUGUUGGAGAGGUGCUAGGGUGGGAAGGAUGAAAACGAAGAGAACUUUGAGAGCUGGGAAGCUGACUGAGAAGAGUUUGAACCUAUUUAUUGCGACCGGCAAAGAAGAAGUCCUUUCUCUUAUCCAGGCACUUAAUAUCCAGCAUGUCCUGACUCCUGUUCUUCCCACUAGAUGCUCUGAGAAAUUUUAAUAUUUGAUCGAAGCACACUUUGAUAUUGGGAAUUCGAAUUUAGCUACUUUUAGGCAGUGUGAAACCACUUUUUACCUUUAUUUCAUUAUUUGCUUGGCUCAAACUAUCAGAACAAUGUCUCAAGUAAGCAUUAAGGAUGAUGAGGUUGAUAUUGUGAUCGGUGCACUUCACUCCGAUCUUACAUCCUUCAUGGAAGAUUGGAGACAGGUAUUCUCAAGAUUCCACCUAAUAAUUGUCAAAGAUCCUGACCUCAAAGAGGAACUCAAAACAUCAGAUGGCUUUAAUCUUGAUGUCUAUACCAAGUCUGAUAUAGAUCGAGUUGUGGGCUCUUCCUCCUCCACUAUUCUCUUUUCUGGUUACUCGUGCCGCUACUUUGGUUAUCUAAUGUCGCGGAAAAAGUACGUUAUCUCAGUUGAUGAUGACUGCUUGCCUGCCAGGGACAAUAACGGUGUUUCAAUCGAUGCCGUGGCCCAACACAUUACCAACCUUGCAACCCCAGCUACUCCUUUUUUCUUUAACACGCUCUACGACCCAUACCGUAAGGGAGCGGAUUUUGUUCGCGGUUAUCCAUUUAGCUUGCGAACUGGGGUGACGUGUGCUCUGUCAUGUGGGUUGUGGCUUAAUUUGGCAGACUAUGAUGCACCAACACAAGCCCUCAAGCCGGGACAUCGGAAUUCUCGAUAUGUUGAUGCUGUACUGACCGUACCGACUAGGGCAAUGAUGCCUGUGAGCGGAAUCAACAUAGGUUUUGAUCGUGAGUCCGUGGGGCCUGCUUUGUUGCCGGUUUUGAGGUUGGCCGGGGAAGGAAAGGUCAGGUGGGAAACAGUGGAAGAUAUAUGGUGCGGAAUGUGUGUUAAAGUGGUGUGCGACCACAUGGGCCUCGGUGUGAAAACCGGGCUGCCAUACGUGUGGAGAAAGGAGAGAGGUGACGCGGUGGAGAGUUUGAAGAAAGAGUGGGAAGGGGUGAAGCUGAUGGAGGAAGUGGUGCCUUUCUUUCAGUCGGUGAGCUUGUCGAGUGAAGCGGUUUCAGCUGAGGAUUGUGUGGUUGAGAUGGCUGCGGUGGUGAAGGAGCGAUUAGGGCCGUUGGAUCCGGUUUUUGCUCGUGCUGCGGAUGCCAUGGUGGACUGGAUCAAUCUAUGGAAGACGGUAGCUGGGACUCGAUCAGCGGCCUGAGAUAGUAGUAAGUAAUUUUGGUUAUUUUUACCCGUAAAGGCUUCUUAUUUUCUUAUGAUGUCCUUUUGGAUUCUUCAUGUUUACCUGAACAAAAAUUAGUAGGUAAUUGCUUUGCUGGAAAUAAAAGAUGUUAUUGAUAUUACUGUUGUUAGAGUCUAAAAGAUGUUGUAGUUUGUUGUACAAAUUACAAUGGAAUGGGUGAUUUGGUCAAUCAGUAUGUUACUUUGUAUG